AUGGGAAAACGAGGUGUGCAGUUCUGUUGUUGUGUGUUUCCAUUAGUGAAAUUUGGUGCCUAUACACUCACGGUGGAGACGGCGUUUGUUGCGCUCUGCGUGGGUAUUCUGGCGCUAGCUCCACCGCCCAUUGUUGGUGGCAUGGGCGCCAUUCCUGCGUGGGGCAAGUAUGUCGUGGCAGUCAUCGCUUUUGUGCUUGCGGCCUGGCAGAUUGUGGGAUUUGCCUCAAUCAUGGCUGAUCACACUGUGCUAUUCCGCUGGUACUCACGCGUGACGUUUAUUGGCACUAUCAUUAUUUUAAUUUUCACCAUCGCAUUUAUGGCCACGGCAGCUGGAUUGCAUGACAAUGUCAUUCCGACAUGCCUGGCCAACUUCGAGCAGCCCCUAGCCAACGAUGGCUUCGGUAUUCAACAAGUGCAGGACCGUCUUGAUCAAGGUCGUCGUGAUGUAUGCAACAUUCUGGCAUGGGCUGAUGUCGGUCUUAUGGCUGGUUUGAUCAUUGUCGUUGGCCUUAUGCAGCUUUACAUGUGCUACAUGCUCCAUAAAUAUGGACAACGUCAACGUGCUGCGGAAAAGGAAGCUAGAAUGAACCCUGCGCCUGUAUCGCUGCCCAUGCAAGAUACCAAGCAAUGGAACACAUUUGGUCAGCCACGUUAUGAGCCUGUGCAGCCCCAAGAGCAAACGGAUAUGCAUUAUGCGACAUACACACGGUAA